CCGUCUCCGGCUUUCGGAUGCAGGCCCCGGCAUAUCAGGGCUGUUGGAGUUGGCGGUCGAACGAUCGUCUCCCUAGCACGUUCUACCGGCUAUGGGGCAUUCGUCUGAUUGCCGGUUAUGCAGUUGUGCAAUACACCUCGAGGACCAUUUCACGUUGUGGAAGGCGUCACGGCGAGCGGAUCUCGCAGCUACCCCUAAAGACGAGAGGAACUUCUGCCUCCUCUCAUCAAUCUGUCCUGGUCGCCCAACUGCCAGACCAAUCCGCACGGUCACUCGGACACUUUUCAUUGGACUAGCUCCGAUGGACUUUCCACGCCUCUACGGCCUCAGACCGAUUCUUAUGGGGCAGCAAGCCGUGAUAGCCUUCGACGAGUUCGCAGCUCUUUCGAACCAUAAUGUGAUGGGCUGCAGCUUCGGUCUCAUGUCUUCCACUGAGGACCAAUGCCGAACUAACCUUCGCCAACACGCUGAACAUCGUCAUGUCAAGCUCGUCUCAGAUAUGCCUGCUCUCACUUUGCAUAGUUCCGAUCAUCGCAAUCACAGCGUGCUGCGUUCUUGCAUUGUCUCGUCGCCCCCCUUAUCGCCCAAUGCCCGGCCAGCGUCCUCUCUCCCAACCACCCUCUUCCGAACAAGCCUGCCUCAGGUAUCCUUGUCGUCGCUCACGACCCACCAUAGCCAGGUUUCUGACAAGGGAAGGCGAACGUUCAAAUGCCGGAUGUCUUCUGAGCGCGCAACUCCACUCCCUGAUCAUCGCCACCCAUGCAAUUUCCCCACGAGCUUCUAGUCGACGUUGCAUCAAGCGGUACACUCGUUACUUUUCCCGUGGCAAGCGAUGAUCUCGCGACGCACAACAUUGCGUACCCGGAGCGCACAACUU